AUGAUUUUGGAAUUGCAGUUCCUUUUGAAUCCAAAUUAUAAACAGAUGCUGCAAAUGAAUCAAUACAGUAAUAAACCCAUCCAAAGGCCGCCGAACGAUCCUCAACAUAAAAAUGCGUUCCACAUUCGAGGUCCAGUAUACGGAAUGGACUCCUGUCUCGGACCAGACGGGUAUCCCCUAUCAUUGUACGAUGCCCAUUCCAAUUGCCCCUUCAAAAAUUAA